AUGAUAUCUUCGUUUAUUGUGAUUUCUACUUUAUUAAUCAAUGCGGGUGCAGUGAUUAAUACGAAAUUGAAACGAAAAGAAAUUGGUUUUAUGAUUGAUAAUCCAUCGAUUGGUGAUAAGAUCCGUGAAUUCUUUGCUAGUUUGCAGUAUUUUCGAGUUUUUAUUGCUCUUUGGAAUGUGAUAGUUAUCUUUCUUAUGUUCACUAUGUUUGGUUAUUGA